UAGUAAUUAUCAUGGGAAGACAGCAUGUUGCAGAAAUCAGCCCUCCCUACUCAAUGUGGCAACAAAGAUGUCAUUUUUUUUUAACUUAAAGCAAAUGCCAAAAAAGAAAGGAACUUAGGGUCCUUGUUUAAGAGAUCUGAUAUUCCCACAAGGAUCAUGGAAAAAGAGGACCAGGAGAAGUUCUGCAAAGCACAUAACACAAUUACAAUUAAAUAAUUAUGUGAUUCAUUCCUUAAUACCUUUCUUUACCACUAGAAUUUCAGCCCCAUCAACUUGUCUACUGUAUACCCAGAAAAUAAUAACACAUGGUUUGUAUACUGUAGGUACUUUUUACAUACUGCAGUUAAAAAGGAAAAAGGGAAUUCUGGGAUAGGAUGAAAAAUUUGGGAAUAGGAUGGAACCUAUCAUCUAGAGAGUUGGUUGCAGAUAAAUGUGGUUACAUUAAUUUUACAGUGAUCAUUAUAUAAUUAUCAUUCCAGAAUCUCUGGUUGUUCUGGCUUCCAGAUGGGCCAGGUUCCCAGAUGUUCCCGGCUCCGGAGCAUCCAGCUCUGACCCGCCAUGGAGACCACAGGCUGUAAUGGAUCAGUGGACUCUUCCACCACCUUCUACCUCAUGGGCAUCCCCUCUCUGCCCAAAUCCCUCUUCCUUCCCAUCUUCUUUGUCUUUCUCCUCCUCUACCUGCUCAUCCUGGUGGGUAAUGCCCUGAUCCUGGUGGCUGUGGUGGCAGAGCCCAGUCUCCACAAGCCCAUGUACUUCUUCCUGAUCAACCUCUCCACCUUGGACAUCCUUUUCACCACAACUACUGUCCCCACGAUGCUGUCCCUAUUCCUGCUGGGAGACCACUUCAUCAGCUUCCCUGCAUGCUUCCUGCAGAUGUACCUGUUCCACAGCUUCUCCUGUUCUGAAGCCUUCAUCCUGGUGGUCAUGGCCUAUGACCGCUAUGUGGCUAUCUGCCGCCCACUGCACUACCCUGUCCUCAUGACCCCACAGACCAAUGCAAUGCUGGCGGCCAGUGCCUGGCUCACUGCCCUCCUCCUGCCCAUCCCAGCAGUGGUACAGACCUCCCAGAUGGCAUUUGGUCCUGUGGCCCAGGUCUACCACUGCUUCUGUGACCACCUGGCUGUGGUCCAGGCUUCUUGCUCUGACACCACUGCCCAGACCUUCAUGGGCUUCUGCAUCGCCAUGGUGGUGUCCUUCCUCCCCCUUCUCCUGGUGCUCCUCUCCUACGCCCGCAUCCUGGCCUCGGUGCUUCGCAUCAGCUCCCGAGAAGGACGGUCCAAAGCCUUCUCCACCUGCAGCUCCCACCUCCUGGUGGUGGGCACCUACUACUCAUCCAUUGCCAUCGCCUAUGUGGCCUACAGGGCUGACCUGCCCCUCGAUUUCCACAUCAUGGGCAAUGUGGUAUAUGCCAUUCUCACACCUGUUCUCAACCCUCUCAUCUACACACUGAGGAACAAGGAUGUCAAAGCAGCCAUCACCAAGAUGGCAUGCUCCCAGGAACCAAAGAAUGCCAGGAAACCCUGA